UGGUUCUCCUUUUUUAGUUUCUUUUUAACCUCCCCUCGCGCUUGGACACUGGCGGCUUCUCCAUCCUCCGGCCACAAUCGGCAUGUUUACUGAGCUUUUUCUAGGAAAAUCCUGCGUCUUCUUGGGAGGGAAAAGAGAAAGGAAAAAAAAAGCCCAGUUCUUGCUGAUCUCCUGCAUUUCCAGCUGCUGACCCCUCGCAUGUGACCGGGGUUGUGCUGGAAACUUUCCUCGGAGAAAGCAGAAAGGGAUUUGGCUGGCGGAGAACAGCAAAACUGGAGAAAGAGCCCCCCUCCAUCCCGCUUUUCCUUUGGACCAGUGGAUGCUCAGAGCGGUUUCAGGCUGGCACAGGCUCCGGCUCCUCUCCAGGAUGUGUUUUGCCGUCUGCCGGAGGCUGCCGAGCUGUGGUGCCGGCAUUGCUGGCGGAUGCUGCUCCUGUCUGGUCCGGCUCCGCCGUGCCGCGGCUCGGCGCAGGAUGGUGACUGCUGAGCUGCCGGGAAGGGGAAGAGAGGAUGGCCUCGUAGAUCCCGCCGAGCUCCUGCCUGCUCUGCCUGGACGAAGAGAACGGACCGAUGGGGUUGAGCUGGUCCCGGGGUGGCUCCGACCACGGCUCUUUGCUGCCUUAUUCCAGGAGUGAGAGGUUUUGGAGGAAGAAAAAAGUCACUCCGCUUCCCUGACCGGCGUUUGCACAUGCAUUGAGCUUGCGACAUCCCCUUUUCCCCGGGCCAGGAUGGUUGAAUCGAAGGUUUUGGAGGUUUCCCAAGUGACCGGCGGCAGCCGCGAUGAGAGCUCCGGCCCUUGCCUGAUGCUUCUCCUGCUGAUAAAAAUGAUCAACAAGUCUCGAGGGAAGAUACUCGGGGUGCUGGUGCUGUUUCUGGUGAUGGUUUGGUACUCGAUCUACCGGGAAGACAGGUACAUACAGCUCUUUUAUUUCCCCGUGCAAGAAAACAAGACGAUGUGUCCCCUCGGGGAGGUGGAAAAGAAAGCGGCGCAGCUCAUUGGGAACUACACGAGGGACCACCCGCUCUUCUUGCAGCUGAAGGACUAUUUUUGGGUGAAGACACCGUCGCUCUAUGAGCUGCCUUACGGCACGAAAGGAAGUGAAGAUGUUCUCCUGCGCUUGCUGUCCAUCACCCACUACUCCCUGCCCGAGAGCAUCCAGAGCCUGAAGUGCCGGAGGUGCGCGGUGGUGGGCAAUGGCCCCCGGCUCCGCAACAGCUCCAUGGGGGAGACCAUCAACACGUACGACGUUGUGAUCAGGUUGAACAACGCCCCAGUCCACGGUUAUGAGCAGGAUGUGGGCUCGAAGACCACCAUGCGCCUUUUCUACCCCGAGUCGGCCCACUUCAACCCCAGAACGGAGAACAACCCUGACACGUUGCUGGUGCUGGUACCCUUCAAGCCCAUGGACUUCCAGUGGAUGGAGGCCAUCCUCAACGACAAGAAGAGGGUUCGGAAGGGGUUUUGGAAACAGCCCCCGUUGAUCUGGGACGCCAACCCAGAGCAAGUGCGCAUCCUCAACCCUUAUUACAUGGAAGUAACUGCUGCUAAACUGCUUAACCUCCCCAUGAAGCAACCACGGAAGGUCAAACAGAAGCCCACCACGGGGUUGUUGGCCAUCACCUUGGCACUGCACUUCUGCGACCUGGUGCACAUCGCGGGCUUCGGCUACCCCGAUUCAGCCAACAAGAAGCAGACCAUUCACUACUACGAGCAGAUCACGCUCAAGUCCAUGGCAGCGUCCGAGCACAACAUCUCGCACGAGGCGGUGGCCAUCAAGCGGAUGCUGGAGCUGGGUCUCAUCAAGAACCUCACCUACUUCUGAGGGUGCCGGGGCUGCGCAGGGACGGCAUCCCCCGCCGUGGAAUGGCGGGACACGGCGCCGGCACGGCUGGAGUUGGCCGAGGGCAGAGCAUCCCUCUCACUGCCUCCACCUCGCCCUGGGACUCUUGAAGCGAGCAGGGCUGGGGCUGGGGCGGGGGCUGCGCUGGACCGUGGGUCCCCCGGGGUGGGGGUGGCUCUUGGGGGGGCGCAGGGAGCCCCGCGGGCCUGUGCCGCAGUGUUGCGGCCAGCGCCUUUUCCUACCGAUGUGCUAAAGCUACCGUGGACCUGGAGGGGACUUUUGGGGUGGGGGUCACCCCUCCCAGCAGGCCUGGGGGGGCGGAGGGGGCAGAAGCCCUUGCCCUGGGCUUUCUCUUUCCCUUAAUUCCCUCAUAUUCUGACGAGGGCCCUGCCAAAGGGCUGAUAAUGGGGGGCCCUGGUCCCCCCCCAGGGAGCAGGAGCCUUUGGGGGCCUGCAUUGCCUCCUCCCUGCCAUGGUCCCCCCCAGAUAUUUAAUUUUACCCCCCUUUUUUAAAAAAAAUCUGUUUUACUGGGCAGCCCUGGCCUGUGCCUUAGCCCUGGCAGGGUGUGGGGUCAUCCCUGCAGCCCCCCCGGGCGGGGGCACCGCAGGGUGCCUGGCCUCAGGGUCUGCUGGGGGCCUUCGGGAGGGAGGAUGGUCAUGGUUUAAUUUAAUUAAUUUAAAAGCUUAUUUAUCGUGGAGCCUCCCCCAGGGUGUGCGUCCCGCUGGUGUUGGUGAUGGGUGGCCUCGGGUUGGCGGGGCCCUGAGACCCCAAUAAAGGUCCUGAUGAGGCUGGGCUGGGUGCCCUCGUCUCCGGGCCAUGUCCCCACGUCCAUGCCCGUGGCCCUUA